AUGGUUCAGGAGGUAAUGCCAGCGAUGGAGAGCGACGGGGAGCAGCAGGUGAAGUUUCGCUCGCCUGCCCGCGGCUCACCUUCCGCUGUGCGGCCCGGACCCUGUGAAAAUGGGAGCGUCUGGGAUGGCAGAGGGUGCCACUGCCUUGAGGGCCUCCACAGUCCCCUCUGCCAGGGGCCAAAGUCCACCUUCCUGAGAGGCACUGGGAGUCCCACCACCGCUUCUGCUGGGUCUGAAUCCACAGGCUCUUCUGAGGGUUCCCACACCACAGGCCCUGGGAGUCCCACCACCGCUUCUGCUGGGUCUGAAUCCACAGGCUCUUCUGAGGGUCCCCACACCACAGGCCCUGGGAGUCCCACGACCACUUCUAGCUCUUCUGAGGGUCCCCACACCACAGGCCCUGGGAGUCCCACCACCACUUCUGCUGGGUCUGAAUCCACAGGCUCUUCUGAGGGUCCCCACACCACAGGCCCUGGGAGUCCCACCACCACUUCUGCUGGGUCUGAAUCCACAGGCUCUUCUGAGGGUCCCCACACCACAGGCCCUGGGAGUCCCACCACCACUUCUGCUGGGUCUGAAUCCACAGGCUCUUCUGAGGGUCCCCACACCACAGGCCCUGGGAGUCCCACCACCACUUCUGCUGGGUCUGAAUCCACAGGCUCUUCUGAGGGUUCCCACACCACAGGCACUGGGAGUCCCACCACCACUUCUGCUGGGUCUGAAUCCACAGGCUCUUCUGAGGGUUCCCACACCACAGGCACUGGGAGUCCCACCACCACUUCUGCUGGGUCUGAAUCCACAGGCUCUUCUGAGGGUUCCCACACCACAGGCACUGGGAGUCCCACCACCACUUCUGCUGGGUCUGAAUCCACAGGCUCUUCUGAGGGUUUCUCCACCACAGGCCCU